GGGUUGCUGGAGAUCUGCUCCGAGAGGCCUAUGACGUGGGCCCGAUACUUCUCAACCUGUUCAGGAGCUUCCCUGGUUCGCUUGGUCGUUGUGUCCGUGACUCCCUGGAACUACAGCUGCGCGAGCACAUGGCCACCAAGGGGGGCCGGCUGCAAGGUGACUUGCUGCCGUUACCGUACCCUGCCGUUGUCGAGUCCGAUGUCGUGCAUGACGGCGAGGACCUCAGCGACGAGAACUGGGAGGCGCUCCGCUGCAUGCUGGUCGUGCCGGUGCUGGCGCUGCACUGGGAGGCGGGCUUCUGCUCGCUCAAGUUCGCUCGAUGCUGCCACGGACGCGCUUAUGCAGCCCAGCGGGCCGCCCUGAUCGGCCUGGUGCGGCGGCUCUUCUUGGCCACCCGCAUCGAGACCAGCCUGCCUAGGGGCCUGGACUGGGAGAGCCGCCUCAAGGAUCGCAAGAUCGGCUACGGUGGCUCCGAGGCGGCCGAUCUCGCGACGGGCUUCGUGCGCGAUGCUUUGCUGAACCCGUCGCUGGUGUUGCUGUCGCCUGCGCUCCGUCGCGCGGCUCCCUCCACUCGGGCCUUGGCUUGCGAGUCCGAGUGGCGUCGAAUUGUGGAGGCCUGUCAUGUGCGCGGGAUGAUAGGUCCCAUCGCCGCGAGCGAGAUCGCCUGUCGCGACGGAGCUCCGCUGCUGAACGGCGCCUUCGGUGUUCCGAUUGCUCGCGACGCCCCUAUCAAGUGCAGCGGCGGGGGGCUGCGGCCGGUCCUGAGGCUGAUCACGAACCUGAUCCCCUCGAACGCGUGCCAGGAGUGCAUCGUGGGCGACGCGCCCGAGAUGCCGACGAUGAGUCAGCUGAACGGCCUGGUGCUUGCCGAGUCGGAGGACCUGUUGUGGAGCGGUGCUGACAGAAAGGCCUUCUUCCACGUCUUCAGGGCGCCGCCGCCGUGGUGGCCGCGCACGGUGGUCGGCCCCCCCGCGCCGUCCCGGCUGCUGGGCCUCGAGCCUCAAGGACGGUCACGCGUCGGCGGCGGUUGCCACUGGGGGUGGAGAAGCCUUGCCCCCCCGGCCUGGAUUGUCUACAUUGUCAACCUGGAGAUCGCCGAGAUCGUCGACAAAGCGGAGGCGGAGACGCUGCGCGGGCCGGUGCCUGCCCUGCUGACUGAUGCCAGGGCUUGCUACGAGGCGGCAGGCUCGCUUGGAUCCCCUGGCAAGGACCUCCACCGCGUGGUGCGCGCGACCACCCUGGGCGAGCUGAUCGACGGCGUCGAGGGCGUCCGCCGCCCCCCCGCGGGCUACAUUACUGAGAUGGUCAGCCUGACCUUUUGGGUCCUGGGCUUCGCUCAUACUUGGCGAUGGCUUGGCGAUUCGCGCAGCGGAGACUGCUUCGGCGUCGAGGUCGUCGAGGACCUGCUGAUGUGCCUGGCGCUGUCGGCUCUGUGCGUGGCAGACAUGCGGCUCGAAGUCGACCACCUGGCGACGGCGUCUGAUGCGUCGGAGGCUGCGGGCGCGGUGGUCUACAGCGCGGCUUUUGAGAUCCUCGGCCUGGUGCCCGCGGUCCACCUGUCGUUCGAGGUUGACCCUCAGGCCGUGCGCGUGGCGCGCCGCUGCUACCCUGGGACCCAGCACCUUGGGGACGUGACGGAGGCCGGCCAUGCCGCCCUGGCGAGCCUCUUGCGGGCCCGAGGUCGGAUGACUCGCAUGCUGGUAAUGGGCGGCUUCCCGUGCCAGAUCUGCGCGAGCCUCAAUGUGGACCGCCGAGGUGCUGCCGACCCGCGCGCCUCGCUGGGGCUGCGGGUGGCCAUGCCUGAAGCUGCGGUUGACUUCCUCGGCGAGAACGUGGCUUCGAUGGCCGAGUCUGACGUACUUCAUCUCAACGGGCUCUUCGAGCGGAUCCCCCUGGAGGUCGAGGCCGGUGACGUCGGCUGGGUCAAGCGGCCGCGCUUGUGCUGGACGCCCAGGGACCUGCUGCCUUCUUUCGAGUCCAAUGCGACCAUGGUGAUGGCGAAGAGCUCGGCGGGGCGCCGCGCCUGCCGCGUGGCGCUGCAGGCUGAGCGGCCGCCGCUGGAGGAGGGGCUGCCUGCUGGUGCGAGCUGCCCUGGGGCCGCUGCGGGGGAGCCGCUGCCUACGUUUGUUCGAUGGGCGCCGCGCUCGCAACCGCGCCCCAGGCCUGCGGGCAUCGGGGGGCGCGCGGAUGCUGAGCUGGCGCGCAGGGAGGAGGCGGGCUUUUCUCCCCCGCCCUACCAGUUCCGUGACAAGUGGUGCAUUCACGAGGCCGGUGGCCGCGCGGCGCCGCCUGACGCGGUCGCGCGCGAGAAGCUGAUGGGCAUCGUUGAGGGCCACACCUGUCCCGUGCAUGACCAGUGCGGAGGCGACGGCCAGCCCGACCAAGUGGUAGCCUGGCUGCUUAAACACUGGGCCGUGGGUGCGGGGCUGUUGGUCUCCGCGCCGUCGGUGGCCGAGCUGCGCUCCAGCGCGCGCGCCUGGGCCGGGGGCCGCAAGCUGUGGACUGGCAACGUCGCCUCGCUGCGCUGCGGACGCGUGAAGCUCGACGAGCAGGUCUCCCGCGAGCUGGAGGUGACAGCUGCGGGGCGCGCCAGCCCGGGGACGCCGGCGGUGGUUUACGUCGGCCGUGGCUCGCGACGCUGGAGCUCGGAGCCUUCGGGCUGGGGCAGCCCCUUUGCCAUCAGCCCGAGCUGCUCGCGAGAGGACGCGGUGGCGCUAUUCGCGGGCUGGCUACGGGCGCAGCCGCAGCUAUCGGGUCGCCUGGAGGACCUGCGCGGGGCUACUCUUGCGUGCCACUGCGAGCAGGCAGUGCCCUGCCACGCAGACGUGCUGCUUGCCGUGCAGACGGGGGCUCUGAGGAGCUCGGUGAGAUAUUCCCUCGGCAGGAGAUUGAUGCAGGUAUUUUGCAAUGGCGUAAAGCUCGACAGCUG